AGGUGCCCAGGAGCCAGAUACUGGGCCUGCAGGCGACGGGGAGGAGGUGGAGCCUGCGCUCGGUCCCAGCUGGGAUACGUAGGGAGCGAGGUGCUGUGGCUCGGGCGGGGCUGGAGGGGCAGAGGCGGAGCCAUGGCAGAGACCAGGUCUGCGUCGGGGGUGUUGUGACGCCCUGAACCGGGGGCGGAGCCUAAGCCGUGGCGCGCGGAGGCGGGGUGGGGCCUAGCUACCUAGAGAAAGUCGACCUGGUCCGGUGCUGCAGGAGACGACGGCUGCAGUGCGUCCGCCGCACCGCUAGGGGCCAGCGCGGGCGGUCAGAAGAGUCCAAACCACAGACAGCGAGAAACCGACCCGCGCGGAGCGAGCACGCGAAGCGUCCCGGAGCUUGGCUUCAGCAUGUCAGUACCUCCCCCUUCCCAUGCGCCUUAUGUUCGUCCUCACUGUCCCCCGUCUGUCCCAUACGUGCGGUCUUCAAGUAGCUAUGCCGUCCCGCACGCCCUCCCUGCUUCUGUCGUUCUCUCCCCUAGCAUGCCGAGCCACACCCACCCAGAGUCAAGCUGCUGAAGCACACCCUCCCCCCCAAAACUCCACGGUUUGUCAUCCACUAGGAGGGAGGGGGAAACCGAGGCACAGAAGACACUGCCGCCUCUCCCUGAGGACACAGGAGCCCCGCCCAUAGUGGGUGGGGUUGGCCACGAAGGGGUUAAGACCGCGGGGAAGUCUGGGGCUCCAGACCUAGGGGUGGAUUCUGGGGCUUCCUCCCUCUUGGUCCAGAGCUGUAGCUGCUGCGGAGGUGGCCGAUGCAGGUUUCUGUCCCUGGGGCAUGAUCAUGCAGCUGGGCCUCGCCCUGGUACUAGGAAUGGCCCUGUGCCUGGGGUGUGGCCAGCCCCUGCUGUGGGCUCCUGAACGUCCCUUCUCUGUGCUAUGGAACAUACCCUCAGCACACUGUAAGACUCGCUUUGGCGUGCACCUGCCACUAGAGGCUCUGGGCAUCACAGCCAACCAUGGCCAGCGUUUCCAUGGCCAGAACAUCACCAUCUUCUACAAGAACCAGCUUGGCUUCUAUCCCUACCUUGGGCCCAGGGGCACAGCUCAUAACGGGGGCAUCCCCCAGGCUGUCCCUCUUGACCACCACCUGGCACGGGCUGCCUACCAGAUCCAUCUCAGCCUAGAACGUGGCUUUGCUGGCCUGGCAGUGCUGGACUGGGAAGAGUGGUGUCCACUCUGGGCCGGGAACUGGGGCCGCCGCCGAGCCUACCAGGAAGCUUCAUGGGCUUGGGCACAGCGGAUAUUCCCCCACCUGAACCCCCAGGAGCAGCUCCACAAGGCCCGUGCUGGCUUUGAACAGGCAGCCCGUGCCCUGAUGGAGGACACACUACGGCUAGGCCAGGCACUGAAGCCCCAUGGGUUCUGGGGCUUCUAUCGCUUCCCAGCCUGUGGCAAUGGCUGGCAUGGUACAGCUUUCAAUUACACAGGCCACUGCCACCCAGCCACUCUAGCCCGAAACACACAACUGCAUUGGCUCUGGGCUGCCUCCAGCGCCCUCUUCCCCAGCAUUUACCUCCCACCCAAGCUGCCACCUAUUCACCACCAGGCAUUUGUCCGAUACCGCCUGGAAGAAGCCUUCCGUGUGGCCCUUGUUGGGCACCCACAUCCCCUGCCUGUCCUGGCCUAUGCCCGCCUUACAUACCGGCAUUCUGGGAGGUUCCUGUCCCAGGAUGACCUCGUGCAGACCAUUGGUGUGACCGCAGCACUAGGGGCAGCCGGCGUGGUGCUCUGGGGGGACCUGAGCUUCUCCAGCUCUGAGGAGAAGUGCUGGCAUCUCCAUGACUACCUAGUGGGCACCCUGGGUCCCUAUGUAAUCAAUGUGACCAGGGCAGCCAUAACCUGCAGUCACCAGCGGUGCCAUGGCCAUGGGCGUUGUGCCCGCCAAGAUGGAGGACAGCUGGAAGCCUUUCUGCAUCUGCAGCCAGAUGGCAGCCCUGGAGCUUGGGAGUCCUUUAGCUGCCGUUGUUACCCGGGCUGGGCUGGCCCUACCUGCCAGGAGCCUAGACCUGAGCCUAGGCCUGAAGAAGCAACAUAAAACCAGAGGUUACCUGCCCCUGACUCUCUUGUCCCUGCUGCCAUUUUUCCAGUCUUGGAGGACAGCUCUGUCCCACUCUUGUUCUAUUCAGUUUAGAGUCAGUCCUCCCAUACACACCCUCCCUUCCCAUGGGAUACCUGGGGAGUGGAAGGGGCCAGGAAAAAAAUGUUGACAGACAAACAGACAAAAACGUUUAUUUUGUUUACACUAUUUUAAAACCAAAGGUCCUCUGAGGUCACUUGAUCCCUCCUGAUAAGCAGCCCCAGGGAAAGUCAGAGUUCCAGAUGGUUAGAGUUGCCAGCUCGGGGCUCUGUUCCUACUACUCCUCAAUGGGUCCAUGGAAAGGUCACAGGAGACCCAUCCAGAGACAGGUGGGCUCCAAGAUCUUGGCUAAGGUCUGUAAGUGCUAUUAUUUGUCCUCUGCUUCAGCAUAAAGUCACUUUUUCUUUCA